UUUGCAUUCACAAUCAUAAUCUAACCUAAGACAUAUUGUAGGAAUACAGAAUUUCGUAUAUCGCGCAUGGUUGCAUCGAACGCGAGUAAAAAAAUACCACAUCAGACAUAACUUACAGGAAAUAGUGAUAAUAUUACUUAAGACGUUUAAGUCGUCCUUAAUUUUCCGCCUCUUAAUCUGAGAUCAAGAGUAUAGCACCUGCAGUUAUGGCAAAUACUGUGGAGAAUUUUAUCCCCUUCGAAUUAAUUGAAUUAAUCGAGCGGGGACAACCAUCGUGUGAAGUCCACAAAGCCAGAAGGACUGACCGUGUUCCCACUGAUGAAGAGACCAUUGCCGUUAAGCUCAUCUUGCUCCCGGCAGAUGCGUCCUCUAGAACAGAAAAAACUUCCGAACUGGAUUUGAAAUUAAAAGUUAUUCUUGGUUUAAACCAUGAAAAUUUGGUGCCUCAUCUGCAACUUCAGACCCGAUCGCUGCCCCUCAGCAAUAACGGUGUCCUUAUUGAUUGUUACUGUGUACUAAUGGAAUAUUGCCAAGGAGGAACGCUUCAUAACGCGGUGAAACGGUUGGAUUACAACCCAGAACUGUAUGCAAAAAAGUGGACGCGGCAGAUUUGCGAAGGAUUAAAGUACCUUCACGAAAACCGCAUCGUUCACCGGGACAUCAAAAGCGGUAACAUUCUCUUGUCCAGCUCCGACUUGCCCACCUGCACCAUCAAAAUAGCCGACUUGGGCGACUAUAAGCAGAUAAAAAGUGCCGUGACGAAGCCGAAUGAGGUUUCGCACAGCAAGGGCACCCACGACUUCAUGUCACCGGAAAUGAUGCUGGGAGAAAUAGACAACACGGACUGGAAUAUCGGGCGCAAAACAGACAUUUGGAGUCUGGGCUGUGUGGUCAUCCAGCUGCUAACCGGAACGCAUCCACGCUACUACAGACGGGAAACUGGGCGAGCAGCGGUAGAGCUGCAUGGUCUGCAGAUUGUCUUUUUCGUUGGAAGUGGCGGGCUGCCGGACAUUCCGACCGAUAUUUCCUCCGAAGCCAACGAUUUUGUUCGCUCGUGCCUGCAACGCAAACCGGUGGACAGAAGGACGGCAGCGGAAAUGCUCGAGCAUCCGUUUCUUGUGAUGUGAAAACAAUGCAGUGCAGGAAUAUUGUGAUUUAAUGGAGGCUAGCACAAAACUACCAUAUUUCCAGGACGACUAUUGAAUCCAAAAUUUCCGAUUCCGGCGAUUCGUAAUUGCAAUAAGCUAAAUUGCUGAUGUUCAACAUUGUGAUAAGCUGUUAUGAUUCACUUAAUUAUGAGUUCCGAAAUUUUUUACUCGUACCUACAGUAAGUUACUAUGCGUUAUUACUGGCAGACGGUUGCUACAGCCGGUUUGCAUUUUCCAAACGUUUUAUCGAAUGCAUCUAUGAAUGACUGAAGAACAAAAUUCCGGAAGAACUGAUGCCACCCCAUCAACACAUACGAACUCUGAAAAUUUUCAAACGACGCUACUGGAGGCGUAAGCAUUUUUCGGUAUCAGUAAAACGCGAUCACAACCUGUUGCGAUACCAAACGAAAGAUUACUGCAAAAUGGCAACGUGUAUCAACAAAUAAAAUUUGGACGAAACGGUGAAGACAUUAAAAAGAAAGAUCAAGUAGCACUGGAAUCGCUUGUCGUAUAACGGGCUGCUGGUUAUUCUAGAAG